UUUAUUUUUUUUUUGGCAAUAACUGAAGAUUUUCUUUUGUGGAAAAUUCUGAUAAAGACGUCUCUGUCCAUCAUAAAACUUUAAAUUCUACAACUACAAACUUUUCAGUAAGAUUUUCAGACAAAGCCAAAUCUUAUAUUUAUAUUAAAAAUUUAUUUAAUAUGUAUAAGUAAUAUAUUCAAAACUUGGUGAGCAAAAAAAUGUGAAUCAACACUCCUAAAUUAAAAAUUCUGGCUCCACCGCUACCAGCUUCAAAUGUUCAUAGGUGCUUUAAGUUGUGGUAUGGCAAACUUUGGAACCAAAAUCAAAGUUAGUAGCGACUAGACUGGUCAAUAGUAUCAUCCACAAAAGUCAGGUGGUGAUGGACUGACCAUAAAAUGGGAAUGGAAUUUUUCUAUUCAAAUAUGGGAUGUAAACUUUGUCAAAGAGACAUUAAGAGCCUCACAAACUUCAAAUACUAGUCUAGCAGCCACCAUUUUUAACGAUUAUUCAACAAGAAAAAAAUAUGGCGCCGUAUCCCAAAGACUAUGAAGUAAAUACAAAUUUUGAGAAAUGCAUUUGCCACUUUCCAGAAGUUGAAACAUGACAUCAUCUAUGGAAGCUAGUUUCUUCCUAGUUUUUCUACUGACUUUCUGCUCUUCUAUAUACAGUAUUUUUUCUGCUACAACAACAGACUCAAUCACUACGAAUCAAUCUAUCGUAGAUGGAGAAACUAUUGUUUCAUCAGAUGGAACCUUUGAGCUGGGAUUCUUCAGCCCCAGCGGUUCCUCAAAUCGAUAUAUUGGGAUAUGGUACAAGCAAAUUCUUCCUUAUGUCCAAACAGUUGUAUGGGUUGCAAACAGAGAAAAACCACUGACCAAUACAUCUUCAGUACAACUGAAGAUAAACGUGCCAGGAAUACUUGCUCUUCUCAAUGAAAAGAAUGAAAGUAUAUGGUCCACUAACACCUCAAGAUCAGUCCAAAAUCCAGUUGCCGUGCUCCUAGAUUCUGGGAAUCUUGUUGUUAAAGAUGCAAAUGAUAAAAAUCCAGAGGAUUUCCUCUGGCAGAGCUUCCAUUUUCCAACUGAUACGCAUUUGCCUGACAUGAAGCUUGGCAAGAAUUUUAAAACUGGCUAUGAGAUUUACCUUUCAGCAUGGAAGAAUGAUAAUGAUCCAGCUCCAGGAGAAUUCACUCGUACCAUUGAUCCUACUGGAUAUCCACAGGCUCUCACCAAAAGUGGCACAAAUGUAUUAUACCGUAUAGGACCAUGGAAUGGUUUACGAUGGAGUGGAGCACCCACACCACUACUAACACAAAGCAGACUUUAUACAUUACAAUUUAUUUUUAAUAAGGAUGAGCUUUACUAUAUCUUUUCUCUCAUUAAUAACAGCUCGGUUUUAUCAAGAUUUGUCUUGAGUAGCAAUGGUGAUAUACAACGUUUCAUGUGGGUGGAUCAGACAAAGAGAUGGAAUGUUCACUACAAGUUACCUACAGACACUUGUGAUACAUAUAGCUUGUGUGGUGUGUAUGGGAGCUGUGACAUAUACAGUGAACCUAUUUGUGGAUGUUUGGAGAAGUUUGUACCUAAAUAUCCACAACAAUGGGAAAAGGGAGAUUGGACAGAAGGGUGUGUUCGGAGGAAACCCUUAGAUUGCAGCAAGGAACAUGUAUUUCUAAGAUAUUCUGGAAUCAAGUUGCCAGAUACUAAGCACACCCGGUACAAUAAAACGAUGACACUCGAUGAGUGUAGGCAAGUAUGCUCCAGGAAUUGUUCCUGCACAGCUUAUUCAAGUCUGGAUAUAAGCAAUGGAGACAAAGGUUGUUUAUUAUGGUAUGGGGAAUUAAUUGACAUCAGAAAGCUGCCUGAAAGAGGACAAGACAUUUUCAUCAAGAUGGAUUCUUCAGAGCAAGAAUCUGAGGUAGGUUCAACAAGAAAGAAGGCAAAGAUACUCACAGUGAGUUUUUCAUUGUUGAUGGCAACGAUUCUGUUGAUCCUGAUUUUGUUGUGGUACAAACGGAAAAAGAAGAAACUGAAACUCAGUGAAGAUAUUGAGCUGCCACUGUUCCCAUUUUCAACAAUAACAAGAGCCACAAAUAACUUUUCGUUCAACAACAAGAUUGGAGAGGGUGGAUUUGGACCAGUUUACAAGGGAGUGCUGGAAGAGGGACAAGAAAUAGCUGUAAAGAGACUGUCAAGGACUUCCAUGCAAGGACUUGAUGAAUACAAGAACGAAGUUAUCUAUAUUGCCAAGCUUCAGCACCGAAAUCUUGUGCGACUUUUGGGUUGCUGCAUUCAAGGAGAAGAAAAGAUGUUGAUCUAUGAAUACAUGCCUAACAAAAGCCUGGAUUCAUAUAUAUUUGAUAAAACAAAGAGCAAAUUACUUGAUUGGCCAAAGCGGUUUGACAUCGUAAAUGGAAUUGCUCGCGGAUUGUUAUAUCUUCAUCAAGAUUCUCGACUACGAAUUAUCCAUAGAGACCUUAAAGCAAGCAAUAUUUUGCUAGAUACAGAUAUGAAUCCUAAGAUAUCAGACUUUGGCAUAGCUAGAAGUGUUGCAGGAAAUGACAUGGGAGCAAAAACACGCAAUGUGGUUGGGACACAUGGCUACAUGUCGCCAGAAUAUGCAAUAGAUGGGAUCUUCUCAGUAAAAUCAGAUGUGUUUAGCUUUGGCGUAUUGGUGUUAGAGAUUGUGAGUGGCAAGAGAAAUAGAGGAUUUGUCCAUCAAGAUCACAACCUUAACCUUCUUGGUCAUGCAUGGAAGCUUUACAAAGAAGAUAGGUCCUUGGGACUAGCUGAUGAGCAUCUAGCUGAUACUUGCAAUAUUUGUCAAGUUUUAAGAUCAAUCCAAGUGGGUUUAUUAUGUGUGCAAAAACAUCCAGAUGAUAGACCAAGUAUGUUUUCUGUGGUUCAGAUGUUGACUAACGAAAGUCCACUGCCAAAAGCAAAAGAACCGGGAUUUUUCAUGGAGCGAAAUCUAUUUGAUGAAGCAAAAUCAGGAUCACAGACAAGCAGUUCAAAAAAUGAAUUCACAAUCACAUUGUUAGAUCCUCGGUAGGUUUGACAAAAAUAACUACUUGAAUAGGCAAAAUUAUAUUAGAACUUUGGUUAUUGUGAAAUACAGUACUACUGAGGAAACAUCGAGCUGAAUUUUUGUACUUGAAUAUAUUAUCUACUUAUGGAUGAAUCUUUAUUUAUUUCCAUUGUUCUUUGAAUAUAUAC